AAGUUUCGUAUGAUUCAUACCCCAGCAUUACUAAUAAAAGCAUCGGGUGUGCGAGCGAGCGAGUUUGGGGUGAAUAAUUCCGCAAACCCGGAACGGAGAGUGCAUUCCAGAACACGAGCAUUGGGCGUUUUUGUGUGUGUGCGUGUGUGUGUUGCGUUUUUCAUUGUGGCUGGUCGAAGGAAUCGAAAGGAAGAGAAGAACACAGCCUCCCCAUAUCGUGGUGUCGUAUCCCAUCCCAAACCCCCUGUACCUGUUUAAUCCUGUAAAGAACGAUUGGUGAACGAUGGGGCUCCUGUCCGUGCCUAUGAAGAAACCGUCCGAGGUGGACUUUGCCAAGCCGCUGAAAACGCUCGUCCAAAGCAACUACCGCAACCUGGAGCCGGACCAGCUGAACGUCAUCAACGAGGCCAUCGCGGAGCUGAAUACGCUACGCAACACCGCCGUCUGGAAGGUGUUCGAUAAGCAGGAGUCCGGCCUGGAGGUCAACUAUCGCUACUACGAUCAGCUGUCGGCGCUGGAGUCGAAAAUUCCCGUGCAGGAGCUGCAGGUACCGUUCAAGUGGAAGGAUGCAUUCGACAAGGGAUCCAUUUUCGGCGGCCGUAUAAGCUUGACACUUACAUCGAUCGCGUACGAACGGACGUGCGUGCUGUUCAACCUGGCCGCCCUGCAGAGCGCCGUCGCCAGCAGCCAAAGCACCGACACGGACGAAGGGCUCAAGCAGGCGGCGAAACUGUUCCAGCAAAGUGCGUCCAUCUUUACCUUCCUGAAAACGCUCGCCCUCGCCACGAUACAGGGCGAACCGACGCCCGACCUUUCGCAGGACAGCCUGACCGCGCUCGGCAAUCUGAUGCUCGCCCAGGCGCAGGAAAUGUUCGUCAUCAAAGCGAUCAAGGACAGCAUGAAGGACCUGGUCGUGGCCAAGCUGUGCGCCCAGUGCGAGGAGCUGUACUCGGAGGCGCUGCGCUCGAUGCAGCGGGACGGCGUGCGGGCCCUGUGGGACAAGGAGUGGAUACCGCAGGUGGCGGGCAGGCAGGCGGCCAUGCACGCGCUCACCAUGCUGUACCACAGCAAGGUGUCCAAGGCGAACAAAGCGUUCGGCGAGGAGAUUAGCCGGCUGCAGAAGGCGGUCGAGCUGUUCAAGACGGCCCAAUCGCGCUCCUCCAAUCCGACCCUCUUCCAGGAGUACGCGAACCGGGCGCAGAAGAGCCUGGCCGAGGCGAAGAAGGACAACGACUUCAUCUACAACGAAAUCAUCCCGGACGUGAACAAUCUGCCGAGCCCGGGCAAGGCGCAGCUGGCGAAGGUGCUCCCGCUGGCGCCGCCCCUGAGCGAAGAGUUUCACGAUCUGUUCGGUGCGCUCGUGCCGGUCGCGGUCAAUCAGGCGCUGGCAGCGUGCGAAGGUCGCAAGUCGGAGAUGGUCAACGGGGAGAUCAUGCGACUGCGGGAAGCGACCUCCGCACUGAAUGGGCUGCUGUCGAGCCUGAACCUGCCCGCGAUCGUGGAGGUGACCGCUUCGGGCGACAGUUUGCCCCCGUCGCUGCAGGAGAAAGCGAGCGCGGUCCGCGAGAAGGGCGGUAUUGCGCAGCUGAAGGAGCUGAUCGAACGGCUGCCGGAGCUGUUUACGCGCAACAAGGAGAUCCUGGACGAGGCCUUCCGCAUGAUGGACGAGGAGCGCGACUCGGACAAUCAGCUGCGGGCACAGUUUAAGGACCGCUGGACGCGCACCUCCUCCGACAAGCUGGCCGCAACGUUCCGUGCCAACGGGGAAAAGUACCGCACGAUCAUCAACAACGCGACCGCCGCGGAAAAGGUGAUCCGCGAGAAGUUUGCCACCCACAAGCACGGCCUGGAGCUGCUGUCGAUGACGGCCGACCAGCUGGCGAAGGAGAUUCCAUCGGCGGGCGCGGGCAGCAACAGCCAGGCGUCCAACUCUUCCGCCGCCCAGACGCUCCGCGCGCUGAUGGAGUCGGUCGAAACGAUGAAAGCGGAGCGGGAGUGCAUCGAGUCGGAGCUGAAAGGUCUAACGAUCGACCUGAAGGACCGGUUCCUCAGUGCUCUGUCCACGGAGGGCGUCAUCAACGAGCCGGCCAUCUCGCUGUCCGAAAUCGGGAAGGUGAUCGGACCGCUGCAGGAGCAGGUCGGCGAAACGCUGGCCCGCCAGCAGGUGCUGUCGACGGAGGUGCGCGAAGCGCACGAGCGGUUCGUGUCGGAAUCGGGUGUAUCGACCGAUCAGCGCGAUCGCACGCUGUCGGAGCUGGCGGCGGCCUACGAUGUGUUUACCGAGCUGCAGGGCUACCUGCAGGAGGGCGAAACGUUCUACAACGGGCUGACGGAGAUUCUGCUCGUCUAUCAGAGCAAGAUCAGCGAUUACUGUUUCGCGCGCAAAACCGAAAAGGAAGAGCUGAUGAAGGACCUGACGCAUGAGUCGAGCCGCCAGGCGUCGGUUGCCCCGACGCCGGUCAUUCCGACGCACCACACGUCUACGACGGCAAGCAACGAGCCGGCCAGCACGUCCGCCAGUGCACCGGCCAGUGCCGCUCCUCCGGCCUCUGCUGCUGGUGGUACAGCGCCGGCGCCCUAUCCGCAGCAGAUGCAGGGAAUUCCGAUGGCCGCUGCGUACGGGGGUAAUAUGGCAGCGAUGGGCGGUUUCACCGGGUACGUGCCACCGCCGAUGCCGCAAGGCUUUAAUCCCUACGGUACACUGCCCUAUCCGUCGGCCUACACCGGCUUCCCACCGGCAACUAUGGUGCCGCCAGCGUACUAUGGAACGUAUCCGGGUGCGUACGGUGCGCAGCACCAUCAACAGCAGCAACAGCAGCAACCGCAGCCGGGCGCUCCAGGAGCUCCACCGAACCAGAUGGGAUGGUAAUUGCGGGAUCGCUCGCCCUCCCCCCCCGCCCCCCCCCCCGACAUAUCCGGGUACACACGCACACAUACAAACAAAAGACACACCUACACGCUUGCAACUCAGAGCUUAGUUGUGUUGUAAAAGAUAUGAAAUUUGAUGUGUGAUAUGGUUUCAAGUCUCGUUAGAAAAACCUACCUACUACCCCCCCUGUUGUGUAUUAUUUGAUCUUAUCUGUUAAAAAAAAAAACAUAAAAACUGAACACAUACACACAUACACACGCAUAUACGAAUUACACAAUUUAUAAUGAAUCUGUGAAAGCUGAGUUAAAUAUUUCUUGUUCUUCUGUAUUGAAUCGUGCUGAAUAAAUUAAUGAUAACUAUA